AUCGAUCGAAUAUCCGAGCCUGCGUGUUAACGGAGGCGCCAUGCGACUUCUCCGUAGAUUUCAGCGUCCGUCGUGAGAUCGUGUUCGUCGCAGUUGAGAUUCUGUCACAACGAGUCAAGCAUCGAAAAAUUCCGCAUACGAACAUAGUCAAUUCCACGAAUCUGUUUAAAAGAAAUCAGAAUGCCAUCGGUUCGCCGAAUGAUCCUCGGGCACGUUAUGUCCGGCCUGUGUUCCAAAAUGAAUCGCACGAAAAAGCUGCAAGGUGAUUUACUUGAAACUCCAAUGAAAAGAUGUCUUUCCACGUUCGAUAUUACGUUGCUUGGUGUUGGUCAUAUGGUUGGCGCUGGUAUCUAUGUUUUGACAGGAACGGUGGCUCAUGACACAGCCGGUCCAGGUGUAAUCUUGAGCUUCCUGCUCGCUGGCAUAGCUUCUUUGUUAGCUGCGUUAUGUUACGCUGAAUUCGGUGCAAGAAUUCCAAAAGCUGGCAGCGCGUACGUUUACACCUACAUCUCCGUCGGCGAAUUCUGGGCUUUCGUAAUUGGAUGGAACAUCAUAUUAGAGCAUAUGAUCGGUGCGGCGUCCGUGGCCAGGGCAUGGAGCGGAUACGUUGAUUCUCUAGCAGGAGGAGCAAUCAGCAAUUACACCCGCCGAAUAAUGCACGGGUACACAAUGGGAGAGCCACUUGGAACUAUACCAGAUUUUUUAGCCGCUGGACUAUGCCUAGCUUACGCGAUGUUGUUAGCAUUGGGCGUUAAAUGUUCGGCAACGGUUAAUUCUUUGCUCACUAUCAUAAAUUUAGGCGUGAUGGGGUUGGUAAUCGGUCUGGGGAUAUAUUAUGCGAAAUUUUCUAAUUGGAGCUGUGAGAAUGGAGGAUUCUUGCCGUACGGAUUCAGCGGUGUAUUAGCAGGUGCCGCAACAUGUUUCUACGCUUUCGUUGGCUUCGAUUCUAUAGCUACCUCUGGCGAAGAAGCACGCGAUCCUGGGUACAGUAUACCACGAGCAACGCUAUUUUCCAUGGCAAUCGUAACCAUCGGGUACGUGAUGGUCGGCGCCGCUUUAACUUUAGUCGUGCCGUAUUGGAACAUCAAUCCAACAGCAGCGCUUCCCGAGGCUUUCUCAUCGAGAGGAAUACCAUGGGCGAAAUACGCGAUAAGUGUUGGGGCUUUAUGCGGAAUGACGACGACUCUCUUCGGAUCCCUGUUUUCAUUGCCACGGACAAUGUAUGCCAUGGCGAACGAUGGUCUACUCUUUGGCUUUCUGGGUCACGUUAGCGAGCGCACUCAAGUUCCGGUUCUCAACUUGGCUAUCAGCGGCUCUGUCAGUGCCUUAAUCGCCUUGCUCUUCGACCUUCAACAUCUAGUUGAAUUUAUGUCUAUCGGUACUUUCUUGGCCUAUACCAUCGUUUCAGCGAGCGUAAUUAUCUUGAGAUAUCGUCCUGAGAAAGUUACGCCGCCGCCAUCGAACGCUGGUACACCGAGCAGUUUGACAUCGCCUCCUACCGAGGGUGCGGAUUCCAACAGCGAUUGUAACAGCGUCACGUCCGCCGAAUCCGAGCUCUUAGAUCUGAGCGAGGGCACUGGCAAACUUACGUCACGUUACGUUUGGCUGGUGAAUUUCUUGGGCAACUGCAAGCCUGGAGAUGCGGUCACUGGUUCCGUAAUGAUUUAUACGGCAGGUUGCAUUUCUUUAUGUUAUCUGUUAAUACUGAUAUCUCAAACGUAUUUUGCACCAGACUGGUGGGACUACUUCGUUCUGACAAACGUUGUUACAUUAUUGAUUGGCAGUCUUAUCGUUAUCUCUGCGCACCAACAAAGUCCACCUACUGGUAAAUUCCGCGUACCUAUGGUACCUAUAGUACCAGCUCUGAGUAUCUUAUUCAACGUUGGGCUAAUGUUUCAUUUGUCGCUUUUAACGUGGCUACGAUUUCUUGUGUGGAUGAUAGUCGGAAUGUUAAUAUACUUCCUGUAUGGGAUUCACUACAGUAAAGAAGCGGCGGGUCCAAAUUCGUAUUCGAUCUUAAUGGCGACUUCGGAAGCUGGUCGGGGUGCGAAAUGGGGAGCAACGUUACGGGUUAAUCAGAAAAGCGAUAAAGUUCCGAUCUUAAACGAGGAAGAUUUCGUACAUUAGAAGCAUAGAUUUCGCCAGAACUGUGUAAAAAUUAUGCCAAUCAACGCUGAAUGUAAGUAAAUUAUAAUACGUAGGGAAUUGGAAAAAUGUUACAGAAUCUGACCAUUGUUUUCUUACAUAUACCUCAAUUUGAAUUAGAGAUUAGAGUGUCUGAGGGAUCUUUGUACAUACCGAUGUUAUGUAAAAUGCUAAGCCGAAUUGUAUCCCUUUCAAGUCACUUUGUCUUUAAGAAUUAAGCAACUGGAUGCUGGAAGGAUUUCAAUGUAGGCAAGACUGUGCUUUUUUAGUAAUUUAUCUCGAUUAACUUCGUCGAUCGAUUAUGUCGUACCUUAUUUGUAUACCGCAAUUUAGUUGAAAGUAUUUCAAUCCUUAUAUUUUAUUAUAUUUAAUUAUACUUUAUCGCGCACAAGUUUAUGGUAUAUACAGUACUUUUAUAUUUUACAGAUAUAUAUUAAUUCUCGUUGCGCAUACAAAAUUUCAUCGUAUGCUCAUUGUACAUUAAAACGUUUAGUUGCGUAUUUGUACGGAUGCACAAAGAACAAAGUGUAUCUAACGAUAUAGUACAAUAGUAAAAUUCAGUCGACUCUAAAGGAAGAGAAGGUAUCGUAUUCUUAGUACAAAUUUGAUUUCUAGAAACCCAUCGUCUGGUCCAGAAGAAUAAUAAAAUAUUCGGAACAUUUAUAAAUUUGAUGUUGCAAUAAAAAAAAAACACAAAAAAAAGUUAAGAUGUGCAGAGAGAGGGAGAAUGUAUUUUUGGAGACCAGAUUUUGGAAAGGCAUGCAGAACAAUUGUCUAUUUGAGCAAAUUUGAAUGUUCUGCUGCAAGGAUCGAAACAUGGUGCCUUGGGAACGGAUAGACUAAUUAUACAGUAAGAUAUACGAAUCUAAAAAAGCAUGACAAUAGAUUCAGCUAUUAUAUGGCGGGCAUUAAUUUUAAGAUUAUCUGUACACGGAUUUGCUAAGCUCGUGGAUUGCUCUAUUGAAUUUUGAAACUGCUCCUCUGAGAAAAUAGGAAAUAUGACUACUUAUCAUUCCCUUUUCUCUUUGUAGUCUUCAUUUAUAAUUUCGCCCGUUUUAUGAGAUUAAAUCGAUGUGUUCUACUUGUUCCACCUGUUCCAUAACAUAAAACGUCUCUAGGGUUGACCGUUCCUAGUCCACCAAUUUAUUCACGACCUCUUACGUUCGAAAGUAUUUAAUGCAUGUUUGACGUAAAACAAACGUCGAUUAAUACGGUAUCUUGAAUUAUUUCCUUCCGUAUAAUUUAAAUAACUAAUGGCGUAUGUUAUUUUGACAGUCCUCCGCUCAGCAGAUCCAGCAAGGAUCGACUACCAUAGCAGAUAAUAUAAUCGAUGUUACAUAAGAAAGUAUAUACUAUUGAUAUCUUAAAAAUUACUACCGUCAAAGUGACGUAGAUGUUAUAUAGAUGAAAAAUAUCCUAGCAAAUACUAUAAUAUCACGUCUUAAAUAAGAUUUAAGGUGAACGUUUAUUUACGAAGAAUACAUCGCUUCAGGAUUACGCGAGUAACUUGCAAGGAAUGCAAGUAUUUGCAGACGCUUAGAAAUGUUUCAAAUAAGCCAAGUUAUUUAAGCCAAGUUAUUAUACAAGAAAGUAAAUAUGUAGUAGGAUUCAUCCUUAGAAUAUUACGAUGCAGCAAACUUUUACAUGAUAUUUGAAACAUUUCUUUCUGCCUUGAAUAUCUAUGAAGAUUUUCGAAAACGAUUCACCUUUAAAGUAGAGAGCAUACAUAUAAAGAAAAGAAUAUUCAAUUGAAAUGUUACAUAGAAAUUUUCUGCGAGAUGAAAUCCCAAUAUUGUACCGCAAAUUGCAAGGGCGAUUACAAUGUACGCGCAAUUAUCGACGCAUACUGUACAGCAAACUAAUUAUCGGUGAUUGCGUGAACACACACAAAAACAACAGCCACUAGGAAGAGAUUGUGAAAAUAUAUGUGGAAUUAAAAUCUAGUUAACCGUACAACCAUACUGCACACUAUACGUGGUUAUCAAGUUCGUGUAACGGUGCAUAAGAAUGGUACCAAAAAUUAUUGUCAGUGUUCUGUACUAUAUUUGUCUUCUAAUAUAAAAUAUUUGUCAUCGAAAA